AUGCACACAAUUGAGAAUCCCUAUUCAUGUUCAGAGUGCGGGAAAUCUUUCUCUCACAAAGGAAUGCUUGUGACACACCAAAGAUUUCACACAGGUGAACGUCCCUAUUCAUGUUCGGAGUGCGGGACAUCUUUCACUCAAAAAGGAAACCUUAUUAGACACCAGAGAAUUCACACGGGUAAAUCUUUCAUUAAGAAAAAUCAUCUUGAAACACAUCAGAGAAUUCACACGGGUGAGCGUCCCUAUGCAUGUUCAGAGUGUGGGAAAUCUUUCAAUCAUAAAGGAGACCUUGUUAGACACCAAAGAACUCACACGGGUGAGCGUCCUUAUUCAUGUUCAGAGUGCGGGAAUUGUUUCACUCAGAAAGCAGGCCUUGAUGCACACCGGAGAAUUCACAUGAGUGAGUGGCCUUUUAAAUGUUCAGAUUGUGGUAAAUCCUAUACUCGGAAAGCAGGACUCCUUACACACCAAAAAGUUCACCGAGAUGAGAAUCUUUUCUCGUGUUCACUGUGUGGAAAAUGUUUCACUCGGAAAGGAAAACUUAUUCAACACCAAAGAGUUCACACGAGUGAGCGCACUUUCCCAUGUGCAGAGUGCGGGAAAUGUUUUAAACAUAAACAAAACUUAGUUACACACCAGAGAAUUCACACGGGUGAGCAUCCUUAUUCAUGUUCAGAGUGUGGGAAAUCUUUCACUCAUAAAGGACACUUUGCUAACCAUCAGAGGAUACACACGAAAUCUUUCAUCUGUAAAGGAGACCUUGUUAAACACCAGAGAAUUCACAUGGAUAAGCGUCCAUUUUCAUGUUCAGAGUGUGGGAAAUCUUUCAUUUAUAAAGGAGACCUCGAUAAACACCAGAAAGUUCACACAGGUGAGCGUCCCUAUUCAUGUUCAGAGUGCGGGAAAGCUUUCAUUUGUAAAGGAGACCUUGUUAAACACCAGAAGUGCGGGAAAUCUUUCACUCGGAAGGGAGAGCUUAUUGAACACCGGAGAAUUCACACGGGCGAGCGCCCUUAUUCAUGUUCGGAGUGCGGGAAAUCUUUCACUAUAAAAGGAAGCCUGGUUGCACACCAGAGAAUUCACACGGGUGAGCAUUCUUGUUCAGAGUGCGGGAAAUCUUUCACUAUAAAAAGAAGCCUUGUUGCACACCAGAGAAUUCACACGGGCGAGCGUCCUUAUCCGUGUACUGAGUGCGGGAAAUCUUUCACUAAAAAAGAAGGCCUGGUUCGACACCAAAUAAUUCACACGGGUGAGCGUCCAUAUUCGUGUACGGAGUGCGGGAAAUGUUUCAAUCGGAAAGAAACUCUUGUGACUCAUCAGAGAACACACACCACACAGAGUCCUCCAUGUGUUCAGAGUGCGGGAAAUGCUUUAUAA